CGACCGAUAUUUCGACUAGAAAGAAGACGAUUGCAAGGAGCAAGUGACAACUUGGUACGAGAGAUGCAAUUGAAUGAUCCGGACAAGUAUUUCAAUUACUUUAGAAUGUCAUCUGAAACAUUUCGAAGACUGUUAGCAUUAGUUGGACCACUUAUUACAAAACAAGAGUAUAUCAGGGAACCAAUACCUCCUCGUACUCGAUUGGAAGUCACUUUACGCUAUUUAGCAUCUAGAGACAGUAUGACAUCAAUUUCAUAUGCAUUUAGAAUUGGCCAUAAUAUUUCCAAAAUAAUAGCAGAGACAUGCGAAGUAAUAUGGACCACCUUGAAAGAAGAAGUUUUCUUGCAACCCAAUGAAACUAAUUGGCAGACAAUCAAUGAAGAUUUUGACAAACACUGGAACUUUCCACAUUGCAUUGGAGCAAUAAACGGCAAACACAUUGUGGGUGGCACCCAGCGCCAGCUAAUAGUGGCUCGUGCUUCUAUAAUUACAAAGGGAACCAUAGCAUCAAUGCCAGCCGUUAGUGACGCUAAGUAUCGCUUCAUAAUUGUAGACAUCGGAGCUCUGGGAAGGCAAGAUGAUUCAGGAGUUCUCACCAACAGCGGGCUAAUAAAUUUACUGGAAGAUAACAAAUUAAAAAUACCACAGGCUGCACUGCUCAAUAACAGUAGCAAAGAAUUUUCCUUCGUCUUUGUUGCAGACGAAGCGUUUCCACUCACGACCUAUAUGAUGAGGCCGUACCCUCGAAGUGGAAGUUUGAAUAUAACAAAGAAAAUUUUAAUUAUAGACUUAGUCGCGCGAGAAGAGUUGUUGAGAGUGCGUUUGGAAUAUUAG